AUGGCCGGCAAUUCAAACAAGGGAAAACCCACCCCCAAGGGAUCCGCCAAGAAUCCAUAUGCCAAGCAAAACAUGAAGCCAUCGCCACUAGCCAACAAAUCCGAUGUGCUCAAGGGGCUUGGUCUCCAAGAGACCAAGUCGCCAAACAAGGAACUGAAGCAAACCAAGGUGGAUGCAAUUUCUGGCCUUGAAGGGGAGAGUGCUGUUAGAACUGCACGAGGCAUUCUGACACUUAUCCAUGACAACAUUUCCGGCUUUAUCAUCCCCUUAGAACCAGAAGAACUAUUCUGGACCCGUGAUUGUGUCUUUAGCGAGAUUAUUGGAAACAGAAAGGCAGUAGAGCGAUUGCUUGAGAAGUACUCUGGCAAAGAGGAUAAUGAUAAUGAUCCCCAAGACCUCGAAGACGACUGGUUUGCAAACAACAUCAAAACCAUUUGA